AUGAUGGCGAUACGGGAGCUCAAAGUGUGCCUUCUCGGGGACACCGGGGUUGGGAAAUCGAGCAUUGUGUGUCGAUUUGUCCAGGAUCACUUUGACCACAACAUCAGCCCGACCAUUGGGGCAUCUUUUAUGACCAAAACUGUGCCUUGUGGAAAUGAACUUCACAAAUUCCUCAUCUGGGAUACUGCUGGUCAGGAGCGGUUCCAUUCCUUGGCUCCCAUGUACUAUCGUGGAUCCGCUGCAGCUGUCAUAGUGUAUGAUAUUACCAAACAGGACUCAUUCCAUACCUUGAAGAAAUGGGUGAAAGAACUGAAAGAACAUGGUCCAGAAAACAUUGUCAUGGCUAUCGCUGGAAACAAAUGUGAUCUCUCAGAUAUUAGGGAGGUUCCCUUGAAGGAUGCGAAGGAAUACGCUGAGUCCAUAGGUGCCAUCGUUGUUGAAACAAGUGCAAAAAAUGCUAUCAAUAUUGAAGAACUCUUUCAAGGAAUCAGUCGCCAGAUCCCACCCUUGGACCCCCAAGAAAAUGGGAACACUGGAGCAAUCAAACUUGGGAAGCAAACCAUACCAGCCAGUCGGCGGUGCUGCUGA